AAAAAAGAUGAUCGGUGCAACGGGUACUCUGCUAAUCAUUUGGCUAGCAGUAGCUAAUGGAGUUUUGCCGACCCACGAUGUCCUUUUAAAGGAGGCCGAGAUCUCCUCACUUGGGGACUACGAACGGCUCAUGGAGUUGCGUUCAUUGGGAAUGGAGUUCUUUCGCCAAUUCCAGAAUAUUUCGGCAACGGAGUUGCAUCUCCUCGAUGAGCGGUUGAACGAACAGGACCUGGUGUGCCUGGCAGACAUGGCCCAGUUCAUGAGUGGCCUUACUUCAGUCAAAAAGUGGGCCAUUAAAAUGAUCGAUUCGUGGGGCACAAUUCCCUCUGGGCUCUUGUUCGGCAACCGCUUCGACUUGGGCAACUAUGAGGAGUGCCUCCGGUUGGACGGGACCAUCAGUGAGUCGCAUCACAUCCGGGGGAAGUACUGCCUCAUGGAGCUGCCCAUCGCCAAGUGGUUUGGCUACAAUUCAGAGCUCCUAGAAAUGGCCAAUCUCAAUAUCGCCGUCUGCUUUCCCUCCUCCUGUUCGGCCAAGAACAUGGAGACCUUCCUAAAGCAGAUGCUCCAGAGGCUCCUCGGAGUUAGCAGUCCUACCAAUUUGUUUUUCAUUAACGAGGAGAAAUGCAAAACCAACGAGAGUAAACCCCUAGACGGCCUCACCAUAUUCACCAUCGUUCUACUGUCCGUAUUUUGUGCCACCGUUAUAAUCUGCACUCUAUACGACUACUUUUUGUGUCCGCAGCAGGAUAAGCUUCCACGGCUCGUAAAGGCAUUUUCAGCCCGAGCCACCUCCCGAUCCCUGUUCACCGUUGUCGAUAUCAAGGCCAGUCCGAAUGCCAUCCACUGCCUCAAUGGCAUGCGAUGCCUGUCCCUGGUCUGGGUGAUCCUGGGCCAUGAGUACAUCCUUAACCUUAAGAUGGCGAGCAUUAACCAGUCGGAUAACAUAAGGUGGAUGUCGCAACCCUUCACGAGCUUCAUACUCUACGCUCCUUUCGCGGUGGACUCGUUCUUCUUCAUCAGUGGCCUGCUAUUAGUAGCGAUUGGUCUACGGGCUUUAGAUAAAACCAAGGGAAAGUUGAACGUACCGCUCAUGUAUCUGCACCGGUAUCUGCGCCUAACUCCAAUCGUGGCCGUUGCGAUCCUGGUGUACACAAAGAUGCUACCCCUCCUGGCAGAAGGUCCCAUUUCCGAGACUUCGAACUUCUUCGACUACUCCGUAUGCGCCAACACCUGGUACUUAACCCUGCUCUACGUCCAGAACUAUGCCACCGACGACAGGUGCCUGCCGCAUACCUGGUAUCUGGCGGUGGAUAUGCAGCUGUACAUUCUGUCCCCCAUCCUGCUGAUCGUCCUCUACAAGUGGGGCAAGAAGGCCGCUGCGGGCAUCCUGCUGGUGAUGUUGCUACUCUCCGCUUGCCUGUUUGCCACCAUAAUGACAAACGACUUCGGGAUUCUGGCCAAAAAUGGAGGUCAGAUGCCAGAGGUUCAGAGGAAGAUCUACUUUGCCACACAUACUCACGCCGCGCCCUGGUUGAUCGGCGCCCUCUUCGGAUACGUCAUGCACCUUAUCCGCGGCAAGCAGCUCCGGUUGAACAGGAUCGCAGUCUGGGCAGGAUGGCUGCUCUGCCUGGCCAUGAUCUUCACAUCGAUCUUCGCCAUGUAUCCGUAUGCCAAGCUGCGGGGUCCUUCGCCCACGAUUCUGGAGGGAGCCCUCUUUUACACACUGACCCGCAUUGGAUGGCCUUUGGCCCUCUGCUGGGUGGUCUUCGCCUGCGUCCAGGACUACGGAGGACUGGCCAACAGCUUCCUGUCCUCGCCCCUGUGGCAGCCCCUGGCCAAGCUCUCCUACUCCGCGUACAUCUGGCACAUCUUCAUCAUGGAGGUGAACCACAGACGCGUUCGGACGAACUCGUACUUCUCAGACUAUAAUGCGCUGCUUAACUUCUGGUCCUGCUUUGGCUUCACCAUCUUGAUGUCCUUUGUGCUAUACGUUAUUAUUGAGGCGCCCCUGGAAGGGCUGGAGAAGAUCAUGUUUCCCAGGCGAGGGAACUCGCCAACACCGUCGGCUGGUAAGGAUCAGGCAAAACCCGAGUCCCCAGCUGAAAUCGAUGACCGGCACAAGGACGAAUCCGAGAAGCAGUGUGAAGCUCCAAGCUCCGACUCCGAUCAGAAAUGUGCCGCUAAGAAGUCGGUGGUUGACCUCGAGUCCUAACCUUAGGCUUAUCAGUUUAUAUUAUAUUAAGUCAUA